CGGUGAAAUUUAAAAAUGCAUUAAAGAAAUGUUGAAAUUAUUGUGAAUGCGUAUAUUAAAUACAACUUAAGUUACGAACAGAAUGCUGAACUUAAUCUUUAAAAAAUGUGUUCAAAACAAGACUGAAAAUUUGAUGACUUCCCAUAAAUAUUGUGCCUAAUGACUGCAUGAGUGCUUUAUGAUUAUUUACUAAAUGUAAUUAAAUAUUAUUGUGUUUUCUAUAGAAACAUAUGUACAGUUACAUUGAAGUAAAAUAGAAAUGUUAUGUUUGUGCAGCAACUAUUUUGUGUGAAGUUAUAAUCAAGUGAUAAUAACUAUGUACCUAAUAUAGAAAAAUAAUAACUAUGAGUUCUAAUGGAGUGACCAAGAAAAAGUACAAACAUAGUUCCUAUUGCUGUGUCCCUCAGUGUAUGAACCAUGAUAGGGAAGGUUUAAGCUUCCACAGUUUCCCCUCCAAUGAAAAACUCAAGAAGCACUGGGAGACAAUAUUGAAAUUGCCCAAACCAGCUUCUCGUUUUGUCCGAGUGUGUUCGGAACAUUUUGUCAAACAUGAUUUCUUUCCAGGGUCGAAUAGACAGAGGCAUAGGCUGAAAAAGAAUGCAAUACCAAGAUUAAAGCUCCCUAAACCAGUACCUAAAUCUAAGUCAAGUUUUACACCUAAGAUGUUAAAAGAUGAAACGAAACACAAUGAAGUUAUCGAUGUCGAAUGUCGUGCUUGUUUGCAAAAGUGCCGCGAAGGAGAGAGAUAUGAAUUAUUUAAGUGCUGGGAACCUCCAUGGACCGGAAUGGAGAAUACAGUUGUGGAAGAUUUGAUAAAAUUGACUCAUGUACAGAUUUUAGAAACGGAUAAGCAUUCCAAAGUACUCUGCCAUUAUUGUUACAAAAUGUUGCAAAAGGCUAACAACUUUGUUCAAAUAGUUCGUAGAACAGAUGAAGUUUUAAAGCAGAGGUUUAUAGAAGAAUCCAAUGGAGAGGAUAAUUACUGGCCUAAACCUAUACAGAUUGAUAAAAACAUGGACAAUUUGUAUGAUAAUGUGAAAAUUAAAGAGGAAGUUCCAUCCGAUGAUGAAUAUUACGGACAUAUGAAUGGAACAGACCAAACACAGGAAUUUCCUAAAUUAGAUAUUAAAAUAGAGGCUGAAGAAUGGGAUGAAAAUGCACCUGUUAGAAUAAAUGGCACAAUUUCCCUUAGUCAACUAAAUGCUGAAAUGGCCAGGUUACAUGAAUCUCCCCCGCCCAGUAAAAACGAGGGUGACGAAAAUAUGAAUAGUGUUUUAACUAAUGGCGAUGAAGCAAGUGGUAUUCCUAGUUUAGCAACUAAGAUAAAAGAUGAGCCCCUUAGUGAGGACGAUGUGGAUGAAAAUGUAGCUCCCGACCUGCCUUUAGAGUGUUUAUUGUGUAUGAAACCAUUUCUAAGUAUCAGUGGACUUAAGGCCCAUGUUAUAGCACAACAUUCAUACAAAACGGUGAAGAGAAAACACACAGAUAGCCUCAGUCCUGAAAAGAACGAAUUUCUGUACACCUGUACCAUCUGCCAGAGAAAGUUUGAAACAUCAACGGACCUGAUGGUGCACGAGACGUGCCACAACAAGUGCGUCUGCUACGUGUGCAACGCGAGCUUCGACACGUUCGACGCGCUCAGCGAGCACCGGCGCAGCUGUGCGGGCGAGGGGAGACUGGGCCGGCGCGUCACACUGGACGAUGUCAAGCGGCCUAACAAACCAACAAUAGAGCUUGAAUGUCCACACUGCCCAGAAACAUUCACGGACGCAUAUUACAUGGACAUACAUUUAGAAAUACACCAUCCGUCGAACGAUGUGUGCACGCCGCAAAGUUCUGAUGAAGAGAAUAUGGAGAUUGAAGCCCUCGAAAGCUUAUUGGAGGAGAUUUAGUAUUUAAAAUGCAGGCUUGUGAUUGGUCCAUUUAAAUUUAAUUUGGUGAACAUUCUGCCUCGUGAUUGGAUUAUACAUGCUGUCAUUUGUGACGUAAGAGUUUUAAUUGGCUACAGUUGAUGCAUGAAAUUGUUUCUGGUUUUAAAAAUAUUCGCGGUUUUUUUUUCGUUUGAUGUUGCCAGUUAUCAAAGCUAAUGUUAAAAACAUCUUAUUAAAUUGUACACCAAAUAAUUAGAACCAUGAUGUCGAGUAGUUUUUAUUAUUGUGAAUAUACAUGUGUAAAUUCCUUAAAAAAUCUCACUUCAUUUAAUUUUUCACCUGUUUCAUACAGUUGAAAAUGCACACUUCAUAAUUUUCAUUACUAUUAAUAAUGAUCUGAUUAAUUAUUACAAUUGGGAGUUUUAAUUUUACUAAGGUAUGUCGGCGCCAUCUUGGCUUUAGUUAUUUUGCUGUAUAUUGCAAGUUUUACAAAUUAAAAUGUGAAUAAAUCUAAAUAUUCUGUUUUAUCGUCAAAUUGGAGUUGUAAUUUAAAAUUUAAAUAAUUUUUGUAAAAUAUUACGUAAAUCUGUAUAUUUUUUUAAACGUGUUCAAAAUCGAGGAUGUGAAAACUAGUGUGAUUGGUGCGUUUGCAUGGUUUUAAAAUGUGAUCCGAGUAAAUAAAACUGUAAUUUUAAUAUGUAUAGGUUAAUAUUUCGCUAACUGUAUGAAUUCAUUGUAUAUUGUCAUUAGUGUAAAUACUCAUUGUAUUAAAUAUACAUGAUUUUAAUAGA